GCGACACAGAGAGAGAGAGAGGGAGUCUCCUGACGACACCGGGCGGGCGGGCACACGAGCGCGAGCGGGCACGCACGAGUUCGCGACUCGCGAGUCCCUCCCCUCCUCCUCCACCCCCCGCGUGCUGCGCGUCGUUGGAACCAAGGAUUGGAUUAGCCUCGCCGAGGCGGAGGAGGGAGGAGCUGGUGGUGGUUGGCGAGGGGCUUGCAGGGAUGGGGAUCUCGAGACCCCUCGCGGCGCUGGUGCUGGCGCUGCUGAUCGCCGUCGCUGGCGCGACCGCCGAGGAGCCGGUGGUGGAGGCGGACUCGUUGGCCGGCGCGGUGGAGGCGGCGGCGGCGCUCAGGACGGAGGAGGCUGCGGAGGCCGCGGCGCUCAGGGCCGAGCUGGGGCAACUCCAGGCGAAGAUCUCCGCCUUAGAGUCAGACAUAGCAGAGCGAUCACAGGUACUGAAGAAUAAGGACGAUGCCAUCGCGAACCUGGAGAAAGCCAUUGAGACGAAGUCAAAAACUAUUGCUUCUUUACAGGGCGAGAUUGCUUCCCUCCAGGCAAAGGGGUCUGUAGCUGCUGAGGAGGAGGCUAGUAAGGCCAAUGCCCGGGCUAUUGAGCUUGAGAAGCAGAUCGACAAGCUCAAAAAGGAUAUUGAAGCACAAAAUAGCCAGAAAGCAGCACUAGAAUCUAGGGCCAACAAUGCAGAGAAGAAGGUGGAAGAGUUGAAUGAAAAGCUUAAUGCAAUCCAAAAGGAAAGUGAUGAGCGAAAACGCAAAAUCAAGAAGACCGAACGUGCUCUUAAAGUCGCCGAGGAGGAAUUAAUGAGGUUGCAGUUAGAAGCAACUGCUAAGGCAAAACAGCUGACAGAGGUUCAUGGAGCAUGGUUGCCACCUUGGUUAGCGGCACAGUAUGCUCACUAUGUGGAGGUUGUCUCAGGCUACUGGAAUCAACAUGGGAAACCUGCUGUGCAUAAUGUUUUGCAUAAGGCAUCAGAAAAAUCAGCACAGGCAAAGAAAUGGGCUGAACCUCAUAUUGAGACUGCCAAGACGAAAUGGAUUCCUGUUAAGGAAAAAUUGGUUGUCCUCAAGAAAAAUGCUGAACCUUAUGUACAAAAGGUAUCAACAAGAUCAGUGGAGUUGUAUGAGUCAUCAAGGGAUGCUGUGACACCUCAUGUUGUCAAAGUUAAAGAGUUUGUUCAUCCCUACUACCAGGAAGCCAAGAUGUUUUCUAAGCCUUACAUUGAUCAAAUUGCUGAGAUCACUAAGCCACAUGUUGAGAAAGUUAGAACUACUCUGAAGCCAUACACUAAGAGAGCAGUUCAUGCAUAUGGGUCAUUUCUUGAGUCGGCAACCACAUACCAUAGACAGGCUCAAGCAAGCAUCAUGGACUACCUUCACCAGCAUGACAUAACAAAAUCAUUUGCAACGAAGGAGUUAGUUUGGUUUCUGGCUUCUGCUUUGCUAGCUCUGCCUGUCUUCAUUAUAUACAGGCUUCUAGUUGAGACAUUCUGCACCAAAAAGAAUAAAAGGCCUCGUGGUGGUAACGGUAACCAUGGCCACAAGAGACAGAAGCGGCGACACGCUGACAAGUAGAUCAAUUUACUGAACACUUUAGGGUUCAGUAUGCUGUGUAUUGUCGCAGAUCUUUGAGCAGGAUUGGAUCGCUUUCCCUCCCUGAGGCUGUACUGAUGAACCAUGGAGGAAGCAGACUUGGGUCAUGAGCACCCUUACCGUGAAAGCACUGUACACCACCGACAUUUCUCUCUUCUUCUUUUACAUUUUCCGCCCCAGGUGUAAUAUGGCUUCAGUGCAGCAGACCUUUUAUCUGCACUUUGCUGGGGUUAAGGGGUUAUGCCUCGGCCUUUGUUUGAUUGGUCAUUGUUUAUUGUAACUUGUGAAUGUGUUUUGAGUUCGUGUGCUUGUUUUUGUCGGCGACCUACAUUCGAACUUAUUACUUAUGUAUACAGUGGUUGGUUGUUAAGCUUCCUGGAUGUCUCA